ACGUCAAAACAACAGCGGUUUAUUCAUCUCAAAGAAGGAAGCACAGGGCGAAGUGAACUACUGCUCUUACACUCGAAGCCAGCGCCUGCCAUCGGCGAUUUUCAAACUUUUGCGUUUAAGAAUUCGUUUCCAAAGUCAGGAUGGAACGGCGUCUUGUAUCGUAUGCAAAUACGUCUGCUGACGUAGUUGAUCAUGUGGGUUUUGGCGUAGAUCCCCCUGUGAUCGCCAAUUUUUUUCGGCUGUUGUCUUUAGAAUUCGGCAGAAUCGUUACAACCGUACGCUUCUGUGGGCUGUACACGUGGAAAAGUACGCAAUUUUGGAGUCUAGCUGUCAGUAACCUCACAUCCCAGCGGUUUCCGUUGGUUGGCGGGCAGACUGUGUGAUCUGGGAUGAAGUCUCAUGAAGACUUCCAUUGGAGCUGACAUUCACAGUCAGCGGAAUCAUCCUUUUCCGAUCCUCCACCAGACAAAGACCUGCCCAUUGCCCAUCAACAGAGUCCCCCUGCACUGUACCGUCUUACUCCCUGACCAUGGCUAGUCGAAGAAAGUCUACAACACCCUGCAUGAUCCGACCGGAUGACUUGGUAACUGCAGACGAUCCAGAAGAAAUGGAUUCCUGUGUGGACGGCCCGGAAGAAAAUGGAUCCUCACAUGUGUCUUCUAGUGAGGACUGGAUGGAUAGAAAGAGUUCUGUGAACUCUGUGCAGGAAGCAACAGAGCUGGAAAAACCUGAAGUGAAAACACGACCACAGAGGAAACUCCAGGGAGGCUAUGAGUGCAAAUACUGUCCCUUUUCAACACAAAAUCUCAAUGAGUUCAAAGAUCAUGUCGAUUCCAACCACCCCAAUGUAAUACUCAACCCACUGUACUUGUGUGCGGUAUGCAACUUCAACACAAAAAAGUUUGAUUCUCUGACCGAACACAAUGAGAAAUGCCAUCCUGGCGAGAGCAACUUCAAGUUCAAGAGAAUCAAACUCAACAGUCAGACUAUUCUAGAACAGACAAUCGAAGGUUCGAACUGUGCCGCCAUCUAUGAUACCACCAGCCCUCAGUCAGGAGAGAACUUUACUGCUUUUCCUCUGAGCAAAUCCAGUACUGUUAAGGUGGGUAAGCCUAAAGCAGAUAGUUUACAGUUGGAGGACGAUAGUCCGUUGGACAAACUCGCUCAAGAUCUACCGAAAAAGCAAAUUACUGCUGUGAAUGUGAAUGGGACUGUGAUAAUCCCAGAUGCAACUCUUAAGGAUGGCCUCUCUCAUAUAAUGCCAUCCUUACAACGCCCGCCUAACUACAAUUUAGUACCAAAAAUCGCCGUCCCCUUGAACACUUCAAAAUACAACCCCUCGCUAGAUGGCAACUUGACCCUCAUAACCUCCUUCAACAAGUUUCCGUACCCUACCCAAGCAGAGCUCUCUUGGCUCACUGCAGCCUCCAAACACCCCGAAGAACAAAUCAAAGUAUGGUUCACUACCCAACGGCUAAAACAAGGCAUCAGCUGGUCUCCCGAGGAGGUUGAGGAAGCACGAAAGAAGAUGUUCAAUGGAACGAUUCAGCCUGUUCAACAGGCAUUCACUGUCUUACCUGCUCAGUUAACUCAGUCCACUAAAGCUUCACAGCCCCUUAUCCAGACCGUCCCUUGCCAUGUUCUUGGACAAUCUGGCCUGGUGUUAACACCGGUUUCCAAUGGCUCAACUGCUACUGGUGCUCCUCUCGGACUAACAGUGACAAAUCAAAUAGCACAGGGUGUCAAGAGGGCACACAGAGCACCACUGGUUGCUCCAGAGAUAAAGAGGCCUUCAAUAAUUCAGUCCAUUCAGAGCACUCCCAAGUCUGUCUCUCCGACACCAAGCCUUUCUUCAGAUUGUGAGAAAACCCCUGAUCAGAUCAGAGAGCUGACCACCAGCUAUGCUCAGUGCCAGUUUCCUGAUGAUGAAGAAGUGUAUCGUCUCAUUGAGACGACUGGCCUCUCCUGGGGAGAGAUCAAAAAAUGGUUCAGUGAUCAGCGCCAUGGAAACCAUAAGGCAGUGCAACAGAUUAAAACAGACCUCUCUUCGAAGGACAGCCAACCGCAUAAGCCUGUUGCCACACAGUUUCCCCUACUAGAGAGAGUUAAAGGCAAAUCCUCAGAGCAAAUGAAAAAGUUAGAGGAGAGUUUCCAAAGGACUAGCUUCCCAACCCAGGCUGAGAUGGAGCACCUUGUGGCAGACACCAGGCUCUCCAAAACUGAAAUUGAUUGCUGGUUUACGGAGCGCCGUGCACUACGAGACAACCUGGAGCAAGCCUUGCUCAACUCGAUGGGCUCAAAAAGGCUGGAGCAUCACCUUCAAAGGGGGACCUUGAAUGGAGUCCAUGAGCAGGACAGCAGAGUCAGGGACUCACCUCUUCCCAUUCUCACGUCUUCAGUGUGUCCAGAGUCCAUUGAUGGCAAGUCUCUCUGCCUUCUUAAAGACAUGUUUGCACAAACCCAGUGGCCCUCACCAGAGGAGUACAACCAACUAGAGAUCCAAACAGGGUUAGCUCGUACAGAAAUUGUCCGGUGGUUUAAGGACAACAGAUCUGCUCUGAAAAAUGGGACGUUAGGUUGGAUGGAGCAAUUUCAAAGUCUUAGCAACAACAGCCCGAAUGGACAAAACAGCUCAGUGAUCUCGGAGCAGACCCAGAGUGUACUACAAAGGCACUUUCAAGAGACAAAGGUACAAAAAGAGGAGGGUUUUGAGAAGCUAGCAGAGCAGUCGAAACUAACCAACCAGAACAUAGUCGAAUGGUUCACCAGUAAGCUGGGCCACAACAUGCCUGAUAUCAGCAAGAGCAAGGAUCAACAUGGACAGGCGGGUGUAGAUGGUAAGAGGUGGGUUUCCUUGGCAGCUGACAUUGAAGGCAAAGAUUAUGAUGCACAGAAAGUGGCACGAGACCUUGAAGUUCUGUCGACAGAGCACAGAGUGACAGGAUGAAGUGAUAAAG